GUCCUACAGCUCAGCUCACACUUAAAAUCCUUGUUAGUGAGGGGAUUUCAGCUGGACAUUUUCUAACUUUGAUCAUUUAUAGAAGAAAUUCGAUUUGGCAUCGCGGAGCAAGGAUCAGCCGCAUCCCGAAGAAGUUGGGUUUUUUUUUCUUCCUUCCCUGGAGCCAAAGGAAGUUCGUUGUGAUUGAGAGAUAUUUGGGCUGCUGUUAUGUCUCGCAACUCCUGAACUGUGACAUUAUAUCAGGACAUAACCGAAUACAGAAAUGCACUGUGUGGCAAAGGCUAUUGUUUUGAAAAUGAGCGGGAAGUGACUGUUAAUGACAUCACAUCUUUUGACAGCAAGCGUUGUUGUAAUGUUUCAUCGGUCUAAGAAGGUUACUGUGUUAUUUUUAUUUUAGUUUUAUAUUAUAUCAAAAGAGGAAAAGCACGGAGCCUACUGGCAAGAAACGCGAAGGAUAAUAUUCGUUACGGUUCAAAACAAAAGUAAAACUGGAGACCAUAUUCUCCAUGAUGCAAGAAGGGAAGGAAGUGCCUGGUGAUAUAAAUGACCAUCCUACCCUCUUGACUUCACGUCUUUUCAAAUCCUCUUGCAAGACUGGAUCAUCUGUAUUUGAUUUUUUAUACAAGAAUGUCUGAGAGGUCCCUGUUGGAUGAGCUAUGUUCUGCUUCAGCUAGUGGACAUAAAGAAAGGGUGUUGUCUUUGUUGCAUCAAGGAGCAGAUGUCAAUGGAGUGAAUAAGUUCGGAAGAACUCCUCUGCAGGUGGUUAAGCUUGGAGACAGCCUGCUCAUUGAGGUUCUUCUCGAGGCUGGGGCAGACCCUAAUAUGCGUGACCGCGUCUUGAAUCUCACAGUGACACACGACGCGGCACGCGAGGGAUUUGUGGAGUCCGUGGGCUUGCUGAUCGACCACAGCGCGAACGUGAACCUCGUGGAUGACCAUGGUAACCUUCCGCUGCACCUGGCCGCAAGGGAAGGACACCUGGAGGUUGUCCGGCUGCUGUUGCUACACACUGAGAACCCCCAUGCGACCAACGGCGAGGGACAGACCGCCUUGCAGCUCGCUCACGACUUUGAGAGAAUGAAGACUGCAGAAUGCAUUCAGGAGUAUUUGAGCUCGAACUAGAGAAAAAUGAAGACGCCAACUUGAGGUUGAAAGCUCAUCCUGAACCCUCAAAUGCUUUUGUGCUUCUACCUUUACAAAGCUUCUAAUUGUGAUUAUGAAUUUUAACUUUCAGUGAUAUUUUAAUUCAAGCAGGCCUACAUUUAAUAUUGGGUCAUAGCAUGUGAUAGCUUUGUACGGAACUGUCCCAUAUUUAAAUGUGGUGAAUAGUUAGUAAAAUAGCAUGAUAAAACUUAACAAAUGCUGUACUAACAGCAGAGCAAAUAACUAACCUGGUCAUAAACACAUCACAAUUUAUCCACCUAUGUCAGUGUCUAAGUUGGGAUGAUUUUUUUUAAUUCCCCUUUGAGAAUCAUAAUCACUUCUGUCUCACUGUGCAAUAUGUAGGCAAAAAGUCAAUUUUCCACUUAUUUUCUUUGUACUUAUGUUUUUUGGAAUACGUCACAACAGUAUUACCAUGAUGACUGAAUGGUCCAGGUAAUUCACACAAGCAUACCGCUAUGAUGUUCUUUAUAAGGAUGCUUCAUUUUAUUUUAAGGAGUCUUGUCUGUUUUGGUUAUUCUAACUGAAAAACACCAGAGAACCAACAUGAGAAGUAUGAAUAAUGCUUUUUUUCUCCUGCUGCUACUUGUUUAUUGG